CAGGCUGGUAACGGGCCUGUGUGGGGGGAGGAGCCGGGCGGGGGCCGGAGGGGCCGAGCCGGUGGCGCGAGUCUCUGCGCGGGGAUGGCGCUGUGGCCGCCGCGCUCCCGGGGUCUCCGCGCGGGGGAGAGGCAGGAGCCGGACCCGCCCUGCGCGCCCCGCCCGCCGGACCCGCAGAUAUAUGGUCAUGGGAUUGAAUUGGCUUGCCAAAAACAAAAGGAGUUUGUGAAGAGCUCUGUGGAAUGCAAAUGGAAUUUAGCAGAAGCCCAGCAGAAACUUGGUAGUUUAGCACUGCAUAACUCUGAGUCCCUGGAUCAGGAACAUGCCAAAGCACAGACUGAUGCUUCAGAAUUGAGACAGAGGGAGGAAGAAUGGAGACAGAAAGAAGAGGCGCUAAUACAGAGGGAAACACAAAAUCUGUGGAACACAGAUUCUGUUAGCAAGGAUGUAUUUAAUAAGAGUUUUAUUAAUCAAAAGAAAAGAAAAGAAAUAGAAGAUGAAGACAAAUCCAAAUCAUUCAUGCAGAAACAUGAACAAAAAAUUAGACAUUUUGGCAUGCUAAGCAGAUGGGAUGAUAGCCAGAGAUUUUUGUCUGACCAUCCAUACCUUGUAUGUGAAGAUACAGCUAAAUAUCUCCUCUUAUGGUGUUUUCACCUAGAAGCAGAACAGAAAAGAGCUCUGAUGGAACAAGUAGCACACCAAGCAGUUGUUAUGCAGUUUAUUAUAGAAAUGGCUAAAAGUUGUAAUGUGGAUCCCAGAGGCUGUUUUCGUCUAUUUUUCCAAAGAGCAAAAGCAGAAGAAGAAGGUUAUUUUGAGGCUUUUAAAAAUGAACUCGAAGCAUUUAAAUCAAGAGUGAAAAUCUCUUCACAAUCACAAAGUUUUCAGGCUAUGUCAGUUCAGAAUCCCAUUGCUCAUACUGGUCUCAGUUCCUUAGGCGUGUUGGAGUUUUUGCCACAGACUGCAGACUCUCUUCAAAGCUGCGUAAACACAGGUCUCUUUAAUUUAAACUCAUUGGUACACCGAGAUGAUGAGGAACCCAAAAUGAUGGACACAAUAUAGUACUGUUAAGACUGAGGCCAAGUACUUUUAUUACAAAGAAAAGAAUGUGGCUCUUUUCUUGACACUUACUUUUCUGGGUGCUGCACUUUAUUUUUUGCGUUUGUUUUUUGGAAGGAGGGUAAUCCAGAAACACAUUUGUCAUUUUGUUUGAAAAUGUGCUGCUAGAUUUUUGGUUCCCUUUUAGGAGAGGGGUUCUCAUAUGUUACGGAAUGUGAAACUGGAUGUUGUUUCUGCUACUUAAACUUACCUUUAUUCUUAAUUUUAGGAAUCAAAGUAUGACAAACAAAUCUGCACAAAUACAAUGUUUACGAGAAAUGGUUGAUUCUAGUUGGAAUCUGCUAUAAUCUUUUAUUAUGGACAUGGACGUGUCUUGCUCUAUGAAUACUAAAGAUCACAGUUGUACUCAUGCUAUACUGCUGACAUAGUAAGCGCUCAAAUCCAAUUUUAUCAUAUUAAUAGCAAUAAAUCAAAAGCUGAUAUCAACUUGGAGGCUCAGAUUAAAGCAGUGUUGUUUUUUUUCCCCUCUACUACAGGGAUUAAAAUGUUACUUUAUGCUUUCAGACAAAGGACUUAUUUCUGAUUGUCAAGUUAUGUACAUUUUCGAGACAAAAAAGUGUAUAAUUGCUUAGUGAGUUUUGAGCCACAUUUCUAGCAGCAUCGUCACUGAGAAGCUGAUUCUUCUGUCUAACAUUUAGUGUUAACUUAAAAUAUUACGGUUGCAUUACAAAGGUCCAGUGUGAAUAAAUAUUUUGGGUGGGGGAGAUUGAGGGUGGGGGAAACAACUUCAGGAUAAGAUUGUACUGCAGCCAGGCUCUCUCCUUCAUACCAGUAACGAAGAAAGCCUGAGUGCCAAAGACUGACUGAAUAGUAUUGAUUUAUAAUUCAGAUUUGUUAUGGUAUUUCAGGCUUUCCUCAGUUUAAAAGGAAAAGAGUUCUGUUUCAAUAUCAGCUGAAUGAUUGAUGCCAAGUGGUUAACUGCUGAGAGUAACAAUAUAUAAGGUGGUAUCUUAAGAGCCCUCUGCUUUAGAGCUCUGCAAAGGUCAAACUCUUUAAUAUUUCCAGAAUUUUGCCAUAAUGGUCUUUCAAUCCAAAACUGCUAUUAAGCUUUCCUAAUUGUGUUCAAUAGUUUUUUCACCUGUGUACACAGCCUCUAUGUAUCUGGGCUGUUUCAGUGUAGGACUGACCCUCCCUGAUACCAAAGUAGAAAUGCCUAGAUAUUUUUUCAUUUUACAGCGAAGCAGCAAAGUAUUAGUUUGUAUAUACUUCUUGAGUCACAUUCUCUACUGCUUACUAACCCCUUUGCAUUGCUUAAGUGGCAUAAAGGGGCUGGAAAGCAGCCAGAUUUCCUCAGCCUACAGAAUACCCAGGCUGGUGCAGAACUAGCAUUGCUGGUCAGCUUCCUCUGCAAUCCCUCUGUAGGCGGGUGCAGAGUGAAGGGAGCAAGUUUGAAGAACUACUGUGAUUUGGCUUUUCUUUGUUGGUGGAUGGCCACAGGCAGUAGUUGUACCUUGGAGUGGCCCCUAGACUGUUCUAAGGCAUGCAGGGGCCAGUGUUGGCACAGAACUAGUGCUAGAAACGGAACUGCAACCACUUCUUCUCUGGUCCCCUUCUCACCACCCCCCCACCCCACCCCCGGUGGCCAGCAUAAUCUGGGCCUUUCUCUCCAUGUUCUGUGAGGAGCAGGCUAGUCACAUGCUUGGUUAUAGAGAACCAUAAAAUAAGAAAUGCUCUUAAGUACUACAGAAGCCUUAUGGAUGGGAAUUUAGGGGUGAGAACAGUCAAGCGUCAAAAACAUUUGCUGGAACUUCAUUGAAAUGUCUGUCAGCUACUAGCAUGAGGGGGCUGAUCUGUGUUUCUGAUAUGGUUGAGAUACAGAAACAACUUUAGUGGCACAUUCUAAUUUUAGGUCCCCAGUACACCAGGCUAAACACUUGUGAUCCCUCUAGCAGUCCCUUACUGAGAGAAGAUAACAGCUCUGAGUGGGCUCUAGCUAAAAGCUGCAGAGAACAUAAGAGUAUAUUCUCCAGUACUGUAAAACCUGUUGUAGCUGUGUAGUGUCAGUGGAAUACAGUGAGGGAAAGAUUGCAAAAGGGCAUGUAAUUUCUCUUAUCACUAACUUCCCCCUCAGAAUGACCACACAGUAUGAGAAGUGACCUAGCUAUGCACUAGUUCAUCUCCUAAACACAGUUAAUCCUGGAUCCUACAGAAAGAACUGAAGUUCCAUCUGCAGGUGCCUGUUGCUCUGGUAUCUAAGCCCUGAGGUUGUUGCAGGCAUGUGAAGGACAGAACACACUUCUGAUAAAAACCUCAGGACCAUCUGAGAAAGAGCAGCCAAUAUCCUGUUCUUAUGGAAAGUGAAGAAAUUUGUAUUUAGGCUAGUGCAAAGGUGGGGAGAGCUGUUGCUUUUUGUCUGGAAAUGGUCCAGAAACCCCAGUAAUGCUGGUGUCAAAUGGAAGUAUAGAACAAAUCCAGGUUUUGUAUGGGAAUGCUAAGGCAACUGUCCAAAGUCUCCAAGGAAUAUGUGUAUGUCUAGAGGUGUCUCCAAGGACAUAAAGGCUGGUGUCUGCAAAA